AUGUCCGAGCCAGAAACCGUGAUCGUGAUUGGAGCCGGCGUCAUCGGCCUCACAACCGCCCUUCUCAUCCAACAACACCUCCGCCGCAAUCAAUCUCUCCUCCUCAUCGCCCGCGAUCUCCCCUCCGACACAUCCGUCAACUACGCCUCCCCAUGGGCAGGAGCCCACUACCGCCCCGUACCAGGCUCGUCGCCACAAGCAUUGCGCGAAGCGGACCAAGCGCGGCGCACGUACGAGUACCUGCGCCAGAUUGCCGCCGCCGAACCCGCCGCGGGCAUUCGGUUCGUCCAGGGCGUCGAGCAUCUGGAGGCUCCACCGCCGGAAUAUCUAGAUGAGCAGAGCGUGCGCAAUGUCUACUCCCAUCUCGAUGAUUUUCGGGGUUUGUCGCCGACGGAGCUGCCGCGGGGUGUCAAGUGGGGCGUGCACUAUGGGACCUACGUGAUCAAUUCUCCCGUGUACUGUGCGCAUAUGCUGCGCAAGUUCAUUCUCAAGGGUGGGCGUGCGAUGCGGGAUACCCUUACAGACCCGCGGGAGGCAUUUAGUCUGGCGACGAAUGUCAAAACCGUGGUCAAUUGCUCGGGGAUGGGAUUUGCGGACCCGAGCUCGUUUAUUAUCAGAGGUCAAACCUGCCUCGUCCGCAACCCAGUCUCUGCAACUAUCACCCGCCAAAACUCCGACGGCUCGUGGUCCUUUUGCAUUCCACGCCCACUGGACGGAGGCACGAUCAUCGGCGGCACCAAGCAGCCACACGACUGGGAUCGGCAUCCCUCACCAGAGACGCGCGAACGAUUGCUCGCCAACGCGGCCAAGUGGUUCCCUUUUACUCCCGAGAGCGGCGGGCAGUUCGACGUUGUCCGGGAUAUUGUUGGGCGACGGCCUGCCCGAGAGGGUGGUGUACGCAUUGAGGCUGAAAAGCUUGAUGGGGGGAGGUAUAUAGUUCAUGGGUAUGGGGCUGGUGGGCGCGGGUUUGAGAUUUCGAGGGGUGUUGCAGAGGAUAUUACGGCGCUCAUGGCUGAGAAGGGGUUGGUACUGGGGACGGCGAGGGCUUCGCUGUAG